UAAGAUGUACAGAUCAGGUGCUUUAAUCAGUAGAGAGCUUUUGGAAGCCUUCUUGCUAAGAUUCAUAUAGCAUUUCUACCAGCGAAAAAAGCAGCGCAUCAACUUAAGAAAACACGAGGUGUGUAUGAAUGAUAUUUUCCUUUUAUGAUAUUUUAAUGUAGGUGAGUAUACAGGUGAGAACCCUUCACACUUGAUUUUAGUUUGUUCACGCUGAGAAUCAUCGCUGUUACAACCUACUUGACAAUACAAUCUUCCGUUACAGUAUCAGAAAUGUUAUAUUAUAUUCCUUUACCGAGUUAUUCAUUCACCUCGUACCGAAUGUGCGAUUGCUGUCUUUCAUCGACAUGCCACCGUUACCCAUGUUAUCUUUUGAAAAAUAUCUUGAGAGUCUCUCGCGAGAUUUAGGAAUGCAAGAGAGAGAGAGAGCGAGAGAGAGAGCGAGGGGAAAAAAACAUUUCGGAUUUUUUUCUUUUUGUAUUCCUUAGUUGCCAUCGAUGGACCAUAUGUGAUUUGGUUGUAUGUUGUGAUUGGCAUUAUGGAUAGCAGGUCCGGCCUUACGGGCGCAAAUAAUUCCUUUGUGUUGUGAUUUCGCAUUCGCAUUGUAAAAUAUAGCUCCAAAGAAAUUAUCAUUUCCUGUUCGAGGUUUUCAUUUUCAUUCAUUUUGUGGGCGCUGAAAUCGUCUACAUACAGUGUAUGAAGAUAAACAACCAGCUGAACAACGCAAUUUAAUUACUCUGAAUAUUCAAUGCACUUUAGUCUUAUUUUUUUAAUUAAUUCAAGCGUUGUUGUACCGUAACCACGAUCUUCAGCACCACAAUGACAAUGACAAUAACAAUGUUCUGCCUUUCGUGUACUUUUUAAGCUGCUGCUCCGAUUCAUCAGCUGUGUUUACAACCAUUUCCGAAUGUCUUUGGGUAAUGUAUGGCAAAACUGCCAAUCACAUGAAUUUGUCGCGGCGUUUGAACGCUAUUCUUUUGUGUAAUCAGCUUCCAGUCGUUGCAGAAUGAACGCUACGUUGCCCAUGGCGAAUUUCCUUUUCCGUGCUUGAAGGCAUCAAACGUAACGUUGAGAAGUUUAAAUUUUCCUUCGACCAGCUAAACGAAACUCGAAAAACGUAUACGCAGUUGCUUUAGGCGGAUUGCGUUACGAACCAGAGUAGUCACUCUUUGUAAUGUAAAUUACCAUUUCCUCAAAAUUCAGUCAAAAGUCAGUGCCUUGUAUUGGGCUUGUAUCGGGUUUUUACAGGUUAUAUAUGUUUUGGUUCAAUAAUUGCGUUCUUAGUUUAUUUUGUUUCCUUUGUUUCAAUUACUUGUAAAACUGUCCAUAAACUCACUCUCAGUUUUGAGUGGGUAGUUUCAAAUAUAUAUUACAUGUAAUUUGGUGGUUCAGUGUUUUAGAAAGAUCGCAAAGCUUAUGAGCUAGCCCUUCGCCAAACAGAUUAAGCACUUCUAUAAAUCAUCAUAGCAAAUAAAGGCAGACUAGGUUUUGGGUACAUUUUAGGGAUAAAUCAAAUCAGCAAAUGGUGAACUUUAGAAGUCAAAAAUUAGACUGUAACAUUUUUACAAAGAGCUGUCUCACUAGGUCCCUUGUAUAGCAAAAAUUAAGGCACAAAAUGGGACCAACCAAACUUGAGGUGGUGAAUAGUGAUUAGGGAGCAACAGCAACAGUGUUGUUGAGCGACGGACGUCAACAGGAAGUGGACCUUUUGCAUCAUUGGUCAGUGGUUUGUUUGAAACUCUCGGAUAAAUCCUCUUCAUAAGAGAAAAGAAACUUAGCAAUACAAAUUUGUUAGCGGCAAGGCAUAUAUAAAGGGAGAAAGGCUCACUUCCACGUGGCGUGCGUCCCUCAAAAACUAAGCUCCCUAUUUUUAUGAUAAAGGUAGGCAUGGAUCCUCCAUAACACAAAUCAACUGCCCCAGUUGCCCCAGCUGUGUAUUUUUCAUUGUGAAACAGACAGUCAGACAGUCCCUUAGACAGACAGUCAGUCAGACAGUCCCUUAGUCUGUGAUUGUAGACACUAUGGUUUUCUUCUCCAUGGAAACAAGGUCUAAUUUCUCCCGGGGGGGUGGGGGGGGGGAAGGGUACUUCCUAGUAAUAGGCUAAUGGGGAUUUGCUGCUGGAUGGGGUUGUAUUUUCAUGGCUGGAUUGACUUUAAAAAUGGGAAGAUUUUUACUUCAUUAAGUUAAACCAAUGUGUCAAUUCAUUUCAGGGUGGCCUAGUUAAAAGGCUUUAUAAAAGAGAUGCACAAACGUAAAGUUACUAAGUUGGGAUCGUGAAAAUUACAUUUUCCCAAAAGUGACUAAGAUGGGGUCUUUAUUUGGCCACAGAAUAGACUAUAAUGGGGUGGGGGUUCUGACAGGCCAGUGGCACAUACCCAGCAAAAAUUAACCCAAGUAACCCCCCAGGAAAUUCCUCCACCUUCCCUAUGGCUUUCUCUUAUGGCAAAAGCCCUGGGGAAGGGUUUGGGUGUUACAAUGACUAAGAAAGGCAGGUGCUGUAGCAUGGUAGGUGACAAUGACUACAUCUGCUAUCUAAGUAACUAUAAUAUGAUUAACUUCCCUAGGAGAAAAGUUUGACCAGCUGAAGCAGUUACAAUAAUUUCUAACAAGCUGAAUUUGGAUUACCGAGAAGUCAAUUAAUCCAGGUAGAGUAAGAGCAGGUCUGAGACUCCAGACCUUCAAAUCUUAAAUCCCAACCACUCAUGAAGGCUACUCCCUAGAAUACAUUCCCAUCCUUGUUACAGCUACUUGUACCAGAUUAUUACCAAUAUCUUUCAUUUUUAUUCCUUAUGCUUAUAAAUUAUUAGAACGAACAGAUCAUUAGAUUCCUUCACUUUGAUGUCUUUGUCCCUUCUUUCAGGGUUGGGGCAGAUGGGGGUGGGAAGUAGGAAGGGGGGGGGGGGGGUUAACUCUUUCACUGCCAGACGGCUUAAUGGGGUUUUGUAAGGUGACUCUGAUGAUGUGCCCAUUCAGUUGAAAGCUCUCUGCCUUUACUUAUUCCUGGGGAAAUGCACAAAUUUAAAAUGAAAUUUCGAAAUUUGCUUUUUGCAAACUGUAUAUUCAUGGAAGGUAAAAAGUUUGAAUCUGGCACGUCAAUUUAACUCUCCCAUUCAAUUUUAUUUUGCUUUAGAAUGAGGCAAGUUGGAGUCAUGGGCGGAAAAUGGUGAGGCAUGGGGGGGCUGUUAACUCUUUCACUGCCAGACUGCUUAAUGGAGUUUUGUAAGGUGACUCUGAUGAUGUGACCAUUCAGAUGAAAGCUCUCUGCCUGUACUUACUCAUGGUGAAAUGCACAAAUUUAAAAUGAAAUUUCGAAAUUUGCUUUUGGCAAAAUUUGGCAGUGAAAGGGUUAAGAAUGAUUUAGACUUGAUUCAAUCAUAUCUUCAAUUGCAUUCUUGAUGCAUCAAUUAAGUAAGCAAAAGUCAACUCCUCUAUUUGCAAAUAUCAAAGCAAGAAUUAGAUACAUACAUAGGAAGGACAUUCACUGUAGGUUGCUACUCUUUUAAAUAGCCAUUUGUACCUUUUAGAGAUCCAGUUUUUAUGAAAUUUAAGGUCUACCGCGAGUUUCUUAUCUGUUAACUACAGUUUUCCUUUUUAGGUAUCCACUAAUUUUUUAAAGACUGUAAACUUAAGUUUUAUUGCUAAAAAGUAUAAAUGGCUAUUUAAAAGGUGAAUAUUUUCAAAGCUAGACGAAGGACCAACCGCAUGUUUGUUGUUGAUACCGAUGUCUUGACUUAAGGAAUUUAUUUCUUUCUAUUAGUUUCGAAAAGGUGAAUUCUCAACUCUUGCUCCUAAUCUGAUAAAGUAAUAGGGGGCCGUCCCAUCCGAUUAGACUAUAUAGUAUAUUGAAGAUAAGGUUUAAUACCUACUUUUAUCCAUGCGUGGAAAAAAAGUUUCCUUUCCCGGCCAUUUUGAAUUCUGCGGUCAGUUGGUGCAAGGCCUGGGACCAAAAAUAUUUCUUGGUUCCAGACCUCACACCCUUUUACCACAAAAUUCAAAAUGGCCGCGAAAAAAUAAUCUUCACUGAAUAUUGCAUCCAUCGGUAUUCGCAUCGGUAAAGUAAGUAAUCUCUAUUUACGGCAUUUUCGAACAAUCUAAUGGGAUGUGCGAGGGCCCCUUGUGUAAAGUUGUUGAAAAAGUGUCGUCCUUUGCUGGAACGAAGUUGUUUUGAUUUUUGAUUUCCAGUUAAUUUGGCAGAAGUUGCAAGAGAGGCUCACCUUGCUCGUCUUUAAACAAGUCAAAAAUACUCGUGCGUGGGUUUUUAACACGUUUCUUCCACGGUAGUGAUCACUCUACAAAGUCUCUGGAACCUGAACUUUUAAAGGCUUCUUUCAUCGAUUAAAAUAACUCGAGUUAUUUAAUUUUCCAAGUAGCUUUAAAUACUUUAACAAUUUCAAGAAUCUGUAAGCGUUAAUAACACAUUUUCAACAUAAGUCACACUUAAAUUGUAAAUUUCAGAUGCUUUACUUUUACUUUGGUUGCAACGUAAAUAUGUUUAUUUUAAUAGUUUUUGGAAACACGCUAUCAUCUGAGUAACCCGCAAUGAACAACCAACCCGACAUGAGCAUAGUUUCAACUAAAAAGAGGUUGAACCCAGGAAUAUAAAUGCCACAGACAAGCUGUAGGUGGAAUAUGAUCACUCAGCUCUAGCCUCCACCCCGGGACGAUCUCAUUCCACUUACUUAUAGUAAUAGUUUAUUAUUGCCCGUGAAAAGUCGCAGAAAUCGCUUUGUGAGCGGUCGCAAACAGUAAUUUCUGCCUGGGUGCAGAGAUCAGAAGCGACGACCGGAAUUACAUGUACGUCUGUGUUCGUUGACUAAUAUUGCCCUGGUUUCCUUUGUGUGAGUUAAACUCACUCACGAAUAAAUUAACGUUUUUUUUUUUUUUUUCAAACAAAUGUUACUUUCUUGCUCACAGGGUUAAACUUCGAUGGCUUUAUUAACAACCAAAACUGCGACUUUAUUUAUAGUCGCUUUGACCGUGAUAUUGAUUUUCAUUCUCCAGCAGUCAGAUGUCUUAAAUAUGAAUCCAAGGGUAAGCAUUCAAAGCACUGAGGGUUGAUUUCAAUUCAGCAAAAUGUUAUUUAAUUUAUUAGCUUCGCCGAAGAAAUAAUAACAAAAAAAACAUAAAACAUAAUUAAACUAAAGUAGGGGGUCGGCAGGGACAACGGAACAGCUGAGGCCAAUUACACCCGGCCCGGAUAGAAUAAAAGAGUGAGAAAUGUUAAGAACGUCAAAAUACAAGAAAAGAGACUGACUACAUACAACCAACGAUCGGACGAGAUAGCGGAUUGAAACUAUUACAUUUUCCUGGGUCAGUAUACCAAAAGUUCUAUUUAGCAAAUGGGCGUUUCUCUCGGUUUACCGAAAUUUCUUAGAUUUCUUCCUGGAAAUUUCCCUUCCAUUCGUGUUGCGAGCCAAAAUUACCCAAAUGUUCCUCGGAACGGUGCGCUUUUGGAAUUUUCCGGUUAACAAAUUUUCAGGGAUAUUUCUGGUGAAAUUUCGGUUAACAUUUUGAUCAAAUGGAAAGACUAAUAAACCGUCGAUCGCUUAGAUCACAACCACUAGCGUCACUCUUCACGUACUUUACAAAGUGAAUAUUUCUGUGAUCCAAUUGUUUGUUUCCCUUUUCAUAGUCGUGUAUCUUUUCUUUUUCUUAUUCUUAGAUGGCUCAUUGGCUUCUAUUACCCGAGGAAAAGGUAAUGAAUAACUACCGUAAAUCCUCUAUUAACCACCCCUCGGGCUUAUUUAUUUUAAACACGUUUAACGGGGGAGGGGGGGGGGGGAUAUUUGAGAGGGGGCGUAUUUAAUUUAUAAAGACGAUGCUAUCAGCUUUCCUUAAAAAACUACAAAGUAAGUGGAAAAGCUCAAGGACAAGAACUAGGAAGUCAUGCAGCCGAGGAUCAGAAACAAAUCCUAACUUCCAACACGUGAAUUGAAGUUGUAAAGUCGUGGUUGAUUAAUACAGUCUAUCAUUUAUUAGUGAAGAAUAAUAAGGGGAGGGGAGAGGGGCUUAUAGAGAGGGGGCUUAUUUGAGAGAGGGGACUUAAUGGAGGAUUUACGUUAAAUACUUAGUAACCUCGGCAUCUAUAGCAUGACUAAGUAUAGUAUGUAACUAUCCCCCGAAGGGGAGGUGAAAAGUCUUGGUAUAGACCGAGACGCGGAGCCUGGAGGUCUAUAUCUAGCGCUAUGAACCGACCCCGAGGGGGAUAGUUGUUUUAGUAUUUACCAAAUCGGUUGGAUAAAAAUGAAAAAAAGUUACUUUUUUUAAAUUAAAAUCGUCACUUAGUAGGAAGUUUGUUUACAAUUUACAAACAUUUCGGGGAUUUUGUCAAGUGCAUUUUUACGAUUUUGUUGUAACUUCAGCAUGAAAAUAAUUUUCUACCUACCAGUAAUAAAACACCGACAAGCCAAAGUUCAUCGCUCUCUUGGUAUUUGUUUGUGCGACCUGUUCAUUUAUCGCUCAAAUUUCGUGUUCCAAAAAGUUCUCGAAACGAAACGCCAUCUAGCUUCGGUCUCAAAACAGAGAAUAGCCAGAGGUGAAUAGCGAAGGGAAUUCCGAGUUACGGUAGCCAAUCAAAAGGCGCGGAAAUUGCUAUUCACUGAUUUCGUAAAUACUAAUGGGGGAUAUUAAGGAGUGUUUCUCAAACAUUUGUUUUUACGGGAUCCAGGAAUUGGUUUAUGCAUUUGUCAGACCGGAAUCAAGAUUUUAGAGAAAAGAGGAAUCGAGUUUCGGACUUAAAUGAUUUCAACGAGGUUGAAAUGAUAUUUGGAACUGGAGGGGAUACAUCAAUUGCCUAAUUUCAUACCGCGCGGGGGCCUGGCACUACCGGAUUUUCCCGGACUUUUUAAAAAGUCCAGUUUCAAAAUGGCGGAUAGUGGGAGUGAAAACUCGAACGAAAGCAUUCUUUUUCGAAGAAAUAUUGAUCAAUAUUCCCUCGGAGAAUCUGCCUAAACUUAUAAGGAAAGGAUGCAGUAUUUCUGCCAUGCCUUGAAGCUAAACUUAAGGAGCCGACACUCCGUAGCCUAAUUAUACUGGAGGAAAACUUAAAAGGGCAGUACAGAAGGGCUUACCUGGAUUAUUCCCGUCGCGGAAAAGAGUAAUGUCCGUGAAAGGUACUGAGUGGAGUGAACUUUGUGGCGUUAUGUAUGUUAAACCUAGUGUUGUUCACAUGAAGGAAGAUAAGGGACUAGUCUAUACUCAGUGCAUGCUAUCCAAAAGGUAGAUGUACGUGACAUUCUUGAUUGUGAGAACAAGCUAAUUGCCCAAAUUACAGGAACUGCAGUGUUACCGGACGAGAAGUGCCUCUCAAGUAAGACUGAAGUACACUUCCUUUUAUCCAUGUUCAUUGAGAAUUGUUUCCGGUCUGAUCUUUAGGAUUUCUACUGAGACCGUACACAGCGACAGGGAGAAAAUCUAAUGUAAGCCUUGCCGACGUAAUAUAUAAUGUUCCCCUUUCACUCAGGGUCACUCUGUCGUGUUUCGCCUUUUGGUAGUUUUUAUUUUACGGUUUGUAAAAACAGGUACAUCCACUCCCUUAUCAUUCCCCAAUAUUCGGUUGGAUCCAGGGCCGUAAAAAGAGCUAAACUCGACGGUUCUUUGUUCAAAUUUUUUAUCGAACAAUUCGGGAAUCCUUCCAAUACUUCCAAGUACCGAAAGUCUCCCAUUAGAUCUUUCUUAUCUCGAAAUUCUUAAUCGAGAUUCUUUAUAGCAGUAAAACAACUGUUCUUAGCUUUAGAAUAUUAACUUUCUGGAGUAAUCUGGCCCUUAACAUCGUUUCAACUAACCUUUGCUUUACCUUCUAUUUUGGAAGCCAUUUUCAAUCCGGAAUUUAAAAAGGCCGGGAAAAUCCGUUAGUGCCAGGCUCCCGGGCGGCAUGAAAUUAGGCAAUUAGUGAUUUAACGAUGCGAGAUUUGGGAAAUAUUGUCGUAAAGAAUCGACCGUCGGCGGUAUGCCUGUGAAGAUGAACUCGAGUGAACUUUGCAGUGAUACCAUUGGUUAAGACUUGGAUGGCCUUACUUGUUUUCGUCUUCGUUCUCGUUUGUCAACGCUAUCAGACAGUUAUUAUUAUUAUUAUUAUUAUUACUAUUAUUAUUAUUAUUAUUAUUAUUGUUGUUGUUGUUGUUGUUAUCAUCAUUAUUUUAUCAUUUUUGUAAAUCCAUGACUUACCUAUGUCGAGGAGUGAAAGAAAGUAUUCUUUGGUGUUAAGGAGUCUGAGUGCAUUUCCUUCGUUAGAAUAACGUCGCUAAAACCAAGCACCUAUCCAUUUCUUACAAGUACACAAUUUUGACUUCGUAUUCUGUAGCAUCUACCUGACCCAGUCUAUUAGUUUACACGACGCGCGUCCUGUAAGCUGGACAAUUAUUGCCUAGGUGUGAUGAAUAAUCAACAAUGAUGAAUAUCAGGCUGGGUGAAUAGCUAAGAAAGAAAAAACUUGUUUCGUUUUCUCUCAAGCACGGGAUGUAACGGAAAAAUAGCCCAUGACUUCCCACAUAGUGACUGUCGAACUGGCCGGACUAUCUAUUUAGUUAUGCAUUAUUUAUUCUUAGGCUACACAUGUUGUUUGAAACCUUUUUUCUUUCGAUUAGCUACGUCUGAAGUCUCACUUUUCCUCUGAAGAACAGAAAAAGAAUCAUAAACAACGCAUGUCACAGCGUUUAAUUCGUAGGCAUCGUUUUAAGAAAAAGCUGUUUUUUAAGGUAAAGGUACACUUUUUUGGAGCUAUUUUAACCUUUUAAACCCCAAGAUCAAAAAUUGAAUUCUAAUUUGUUGCCUUCAUUCAUUUCCUACAGAAGUAGUUGGGAGAAGUUGAUAAAAUAUCAAUGAAGUUCAUCUUGUGUGACCAUGUCCGUAAUUCUCAUGACCACUCUGUUUUACAAAGCAUUGAUAUUACAAGGAGAAAUUUGAUGCUGAUCACUCUUAGGGCUUAUAAAGGGUUAAUUCAAUAAGAACAGAUAUGCGAUCAGACGACCCUUGAAACUACACAUCUCGCGAUGUCUGCACCAAUAAGUAUUUAGUUGUUGCUGUUCUUUGUACUGUACUACGCCAACGGAAUCUUCGCUUUUAAAGUAAAUUUUUCUUAAUAAGUUCAUAUAACAGAGCCUAACAUGCUAUCUUAAUCUCGGCCAUUCCUGUCUCUAACAGCUAAAGAUGUUAGUCUCUGCAAUGUCUUGUUGAAAGAUGUUAUAUACGCCGAAUUGUGCCAGGGUCCGAUAUGUGGGAAAAACCAAUUUAGAAAUACAACUAAUUUAUGAGCGUUGCCUCAUGUCAACCAUUGGAAAAUUUUGUUCGUAAUCCAAUAAUAAAAGAGUCAUUCCUCUCGCGCUUGUUGAAUAUAAAAUGAUCUACUAUCUCAUUUCUGCCCCUUUGUAAAUCUUGGGCGUGUAGGAGCACUUUAUAUCAGAGUACAUGAGGAAAACUGUUAUCUGUAAGCCAUCACCACAGUCGCGUCGAUGAAAAAUUCUUAUUCGUUUGCAAACGUUUACGUGGAAACAUAGCCUUGAAAAAGAUCAUACCGUGGUCGAAUGAUCAGCACAUGAUUUUCUAUUCGUCAAAAACGUAGGAAAUGUUUGCAUCAAGACGUAAGAGUCGCAGUCCAUGUCCUCAGUGGAUGCCUAUGUUCCUGACGCCAUUAGCAACAGUAGAUGUUAGUCAGUCCUUAUUUUCCUUUCUUUUUUCCUGUAGGGCAUUAGAACUGAGCCGUGAAUCGCCGUAGUUUUAGCUUUUUCAACCGCACACUUGAAGCCUAAGUUUUUCUUUACCUUGCGCGCAGAUCCAUAACCUGAAGGUCGUUAAUGUUAAAGGCCCAGAACAGCAAACGCGGGUUCUUCAAUCCCGCUUGUUUUCGAAAGUUUCCGUUUUUUGUAUGUUAGUCCCUCUUAUUGCCGUUUUUUUGUUUUUGUUUUGUGUUUUGUUUUGUUCUGUUUUGUUUUGUUUUUCUUUUCAGUAACAUUAAUCAUUGUGCCGCUUUAAGACUAACACAAAGAAAGCUGGGCAAGAAAUAAGGCCUUGUUAACACCGAAAUUAAACACUUGAUCACUACUUUACGCGAAAGCUGGUCAAAAUGAAUAAGCAAUAAAGAAGAAUAAGCUAAUGCUAGAAGGAAAUAAAAUAUAAUACAGGUGUAAUUUAAAUGAUGAUGAUGAUGUUGAUGAUGAUGAUGAUGAUGAUGAAGCUGCUUAACGUCACGACGCGACUUAGUCUCAAAAUACCCUAGAAUUUGAAAUCACAGAGCAGUAUUCGUUUCUUUUUUACUGAGUGAGGUUUUGUCAUUUUUGUCAUUUGGAAAUUGAAUACAUUAUCGUUAAUUCCAUUUUUUUGUUGUUGUUUUUUACUUUUGAAAAGAGUCAAAAACAGAUGCAGAUGUCCCAGUGGUCCCAGUUUUCUCCCCAAGAGAAGGUAAUAAAUUUUGCACUUUUUAUCCCUUUACUGAAAGCUUGUUCCCUAACAGCUUCCGCACCAUUGUUUUGCGUAGUUCUCAGCUAUAAGGUUUCCCCAUACAGACCCUCAUAAUAGUUUGUUAGGGAAGGGGAUAAAAGUUUGUUAGCGGAAGGGAUAAAGAACUAACUUUCGCCCCGCGAAACAAUAAACUUUGAGAGGGUCGGGAACUCAUGUAGGUUCCACGUGUUUAGGAACUGCUUGAACUCUUUAGAAAACACCUUAAUUGUUAAUUAGUCAGUGCACAUAUGUGCGCGAUGAUGUCAUUGUAAGGUUCACAAGUGCUCUAGGAAAGUUCUGUUAAAGUGCUUCUUUCUUGGAGUCUCCAUCUUGAUGUUUAAGAGUAGUGUGACUAUCAAGUAAUCGUUCGGGAAAGUGGAGCCUAUCAGUGUUGUAACCUUCGGAAGUGGAGUCUACUAAUCCUGAAUAAAUACAGUUCAGUGGAAUUUCGUGUACAAGUGCUUUUUCUUGACUUGUUACAACCCAUCGGGCUAGAGAUUUGCAGAAAUGAAACUUGAUGAUGAUGCUGAUAAACAACAGUUUACUAAAAACACAUGAUUCUCUCAAGUUUAAAUAGGCCAUUUUCGAGUUGCUGUUUUUUUGUCUCUUGCAAAAAAAAUCAUUUUCAAAGGAAAGGUUUUACACUUAGCCUCGUUUUUAAAGUCAGAGUUUUUGGAACUCGGAAAUGGCCUAUUACUGUAAAUAUGAAAAGAACAAUAUUGAUUGCCCCAUGCAUCAAAAAGUGUAAUAUUUCUAAUGUGCCACUGAGGCCAUAAACUCGAGCACUACUCAGCUCACCGCUACACUCUCUAAACACUCUCGCUGUUAAGUCACGUGACUUCAGACUUCGCGCGCUAGGGAAGUCCUGGAUGUACACUACAAAUACAAAGUAUCUACAAGUUUUAAAACAAAGCUCUGAACAGAACUUUAUGACGUUUUUGCUUUCUAAUGCAUCAUAAUUGUACUGUCCUUUCGAUUGUUGUAUCUUAGGCGUCAAAAUGGAAAAGAUGUGAAAUAUUGAUAUCUGGCGAAGAGAAAAUGAGUAGUAAGACCAUGUUGAAGACUGACUCGGAGAUCCUGGAUAGCUACAAACCAAAUGAUGACUGUGUGCAUGUUUUAAGGACACGGUUUCCUCACCGUGCGGUUACAAAAGCGGAACAGCUACUACCAAUCGCCUUUGGCUUCAGUGUCCACAAAGAUGCUCGUUUGUUCCAACAACUUCUGCAAGCUAUUUACAUGCCACACAACGUUUAUUGUAUUCAUAUCGACAAGAAGUCUCCAGACGUCUUUCGUAAAGCAAUACUUGCGAUGAUACGGUGUCUGCCGAAUGUGUUUGUGUCCAAAAAGAGCGCGGAUGUUGUCUGGGGACAUUUUUCUAUUGUUGAAGCUCAGCUAAACUGCAUGGAGGAGCUUUUGCAAUCAACAAUAAAGUGGAAAUAUUACAUUAACUUGGUUGGACAGGAUUUUCCACUUUAUGAAAACAGUCAAAUCGUGGUAGCUUUACAAAAGUUAAACAAUACGAACAGCAUAGAAAGUUUCCCGAUGCCUGGGCAUAAUUCUGAUAGAACUAAGAAAGUUCACAUUUUACAAGACCACACUAUUUACAACACAGGAGCUGAAAAGUCUACACCGCCCCACAAUAUUCCAAUACAAAAAGGCUCAACACACAUUGUUGCCAUUAGAGAAUUUAUCGAGUUUCUUCUCCAUAGUGAGGUAGGAAAAGACUUUGUUAAUUUCCUGAAGGACAGCUAUGUCCCAGAUGAAACAAUUUACUCGUCUUUACAACAGCAUCCGCUAACCCCAGGAGGUCUCCUUGGUGAACAGCAUAAUCACAUAACACGUGCUCUCCACUGGUAUGAUCAGAAUCCCUAUUGCAAAGGCGAAUGGGUUCGAACCUUGUGCUGGUUGUCCAUUGAGGAUUUGCAGUGGGCCUUGGGCGAAACAAUGAAGGAAAAACUAUUUGUUCACAAGAUUCCAUUUGACAAUAAUGAUGACAUAAUAGAGUGUAUUCUAGUGGCAAGACAAGGAAGAACGUAUAACACGACUGCGUGGAACCCAGAGAACCUAGAGAAAAAAUUAAAGAUAAUAGAAUAAAUUUUCCCCAGUCUCAAAGUGCCAUAAGGAUCGUUUUUUGAGCUGAAGACACCCUGAGUGCAACAAAUGUUUAUCCAAUUCACUUUUGGCUAGAAAUAGCAAAGAGAAAAAACUUUAAUGUUCACGUUCGCUUUUUUUUUCUUUUAUCGUUGGAUAUUUUUACCUCGGUGUAU